AUGGAAGAGAAACUGGUGGUCUCCCAUAUGAAGUUCAAUGCUGGAGAAUGCAUCAGAGUAAAUGGGACUGUGAUGCCAGAGGCAAAGAGCUUUGCUCUCAACAUUGGUCGGAAUAGCUCUGAUCUGAUCCUUCACUUCAACCCACGCUUUGAUUCCCAUGGAGAUACCAGGACCAUUGUAUUGAACUCCAUGGCAUGUGGCGACUGGGGUGAGGAGUUCCGGCCGUCUUUCUUCCCCUUCCAGCAGGGACAAGAAACCACAGUCAGCAUCUCCUUUGAUAAGAAAGAGGUGAAGGUGAAACUUCCUGGAGGCCAGGAGCUCAGCUUCCCCAACCGGCGAGGGCUAGAGGCAGCUGGAUUCUUCUCAGUGUACGGGGACUUUUGGAUCAAAUCCAUCGAAUUUGAUUGA